CUCUCAGCUCAGUCACAGCUCGGACGGAGAUCAGCUUUGCUCAGGGAGAUCGAAGCCCGGUACGCCGUCUGCUACGAUGCUCGGAGCAAUGAAGAGCAGAGGUGCGGGGACAUUUUCGUGUGGCUUGGCCAGGAACUUGUGGACGGCGUCCAGCUGCCAGAGGCUGGCCGGCAAAGUCGCCGUGAUCACCGGCGCGGCCAGCGGCAUCGGCAAGGCGACGGCCGUCGAGUUCAUCCGGAACGGCGCCAAGGUCAUCCUCGCGGACAUCCAGGACGACGCGGGCCGCUCCGUGGCGGCCGAGCUCGGCCCGGGCGCGGAGUACACCCGCUGCGACGUGACCGACGAGGCGCAGAUCGCCGCGGCGGUGGACCUCGCCGUGGCGCGCCACGGCCAGCUCGACGUCCUCUACAGCAACGCCGGCGUCUCCGGGUCCUCGGCGCCGGCGCCCCUGGCGGCCCUCGACCUCGCGGACUUCGACCGCGUGAUGGCGGCCAACGCGCGCUCCCUGGUGGCCGCCGUCAAGCACGCCGCGCGCGUCAUGGUGCCGCGCCGCAGCGGCUGCGUCCUCUGCACGGGGAGCACCACGGGGAUGAUGGGCGGUGUCGCCGCGCUCCCGUACAGCCUCUCGAAGGCGACGGUGGUGAGCGUGGUGCGGCUGGUGGCGGCGGAGCUGGCGCGCGACGGCGUGCGCGUCAACGCCAUCUCGCCGCACGCCAUCGCGACGCCGCUGCUGGUCCGGUCGCUGGCGAGGGCGUACCCGGGCGUUGGCGACGACGCGCUGAAGCGGAUGGUGGAGAGGGGCAUGAGCGAGCUCCAUGGGGCGGUGCUGGAGCCGGAGGACGUGGCGAGGGCUGCCGUCUACCUGGCGUCCGACGAGGCCAAGUAUGUCACUGGCCAUAACCUAGUGGUGGACGGCGGUUUCACGGUCGGGAAGCCGAUCAAUGUGCACCCGGCAAGCUGAUUGAGCUAGUUCCAACAUUUUGCAAGUUGAUUCUCUUCUAUGAAUAUAUGAUACGCAUGCAUUUGCGUAUUCUAAAAAAUAUCUUUUAUUUUCCUUUUUAUGAUACACAUGCAUUUACGCAUGCUUCGUGAUCUUGGACGGCGCCGUCGCGGCUCUCCUGAAUCAAAUCCAACCCCGCUAAGGAUUUCGAGCCGAUGAGCCGAAGCAAAUCAAGGCACCUUUCGCGGUGGAAUUUUACGGAUUGAUCUCGGAUUGUGAGCGCGAGCGGAGCAAUCACAAACUCUGAUUACCAAAUUGUGGUGUCCCGAUCUAGAGAUCUAGGGAUCAGAGGAUAGCUUGGGGAAGGGGAUAAGAUAUUAGACGAAAGGGGAUGAGAUUAUCAGCUGAAAGGAUGAGAAGGUUCACAGGAUUCAAUUACAACACACCUCGAGCACCACUGCUCAUCUCCUAGUUAUACCACUCUACACUUACAGGUGGGACACACCCACGCGACAGCUCACAGUAACUAUUCAUCGUCCACGUCAUCGUUGUUCGCCGGUCCACUCG